CUCCCUCCUUCCUUCCUUCCUCCCUUUUCCGCCAUUGAUGGGAUUCUUGCAUGCGGCGUCGUUUCCGCCGCCGCCUCCCUCUCAUCUCCUCCAUGGCUCCAACCGCCCUUCUCUCCUCGCGAUGUCGCCGCCGCCGUCGUCUCCUCUCCCUCGCCGCCUCCCUCCCAAGCUCCCGCCGCUUCGCACCCGCCGCAACGUCGCUCGCCUCCUCCGACGAGCUCCGGCCCCGAGGCCCCGCGCCCGCGCCUCCGCCUCCGCCUCCGCCUCCGCCGGCGGCGGCGGCGGCGGCGGCGCCCCUCCUCCGGCGUCUCCGGACGGUAGCCUGGCGAUCGUCGGCUCCGCGGCGGCCACCGUCGCGCUCGCCGUCGCCAAUCGCGUGCUCUACAAGCUCGCGCUCGUCCCCAUGAAGCAGUAUCCUUUCUUUCUCGCGCAGGUCACAACCUUCGGGUACGUGGCAAUUUAUUUUUCGAUUCUUUACAUCCGCCAUCGAGCUGGGAUAGUUACCGGCGAGAUGUUAGCACUUCCCAAAUCGCGGUUUGUGGCCAUCGGAAUGCUUGAAGCCCUGGGAGUAGUUACUGGGAUGUCUGCUGGAGCAAUGCUCCCUGGACCCGCCAUACCCAUAUUGAGCCAGACAUUUUUGGUGUGGCAACUGAUUUUCUCAACUGUUCUUCUGGGUAGGAAGUAUUCAUUAAAUCAAAUUGCUGGCUGCUUACUUGUAGCUACUGGUGUAGUAACAGCUAUAGCAAGUGGGUCUAAUUCUGGUCAGAUUUUAUCGGGGAUUGAGUUUGCGUGGCCAUUGGUGAUGAUUGCUUCCAGUGCUUUUCAAGCCGGUGCUUCUAUUAUAAAGGAAUCUAUUUUUAUUGAUGCUGCAAGACGCCUUAAGGAGAAGUCACUCGACAUUUUUGUUGUCAAUUCUUUUGGAUCUGGGUUUCAGGCUCUUUUUGUGCUUCUGUUUCUGCCCUUUCUGUCAAAUUUGAGAGGCAUACCAUUUGCCCAGCUUCCUCAGUAUUUGAAAGAAGGAGCUGGUUGCUUUCUAAAUAUUGGAGCCAACACCACAGGUUGUGAUGGGGCACCUUGGCUUCCAUUAAUUUUUGUAACUACCAACAUUAUGUUCAAUAUAUCGUUGCUCAAUCUGGUGAAGAUUUCUUCUGCUGUUGUUGCUUCUCUUACUGUAAUGUUGUCAGUUCCCAUUUCAAUUUAUGUCCUUUCUCGUCCAUUGCCAUAUCUCCCCGAAGGUGCAAGCUUAAGUCCCUUUUUUGUGAUUGGCGGAAUCAUUCUUGUACUAGGUCUUGUUCUUUACAAUGUACCCCAAAGGCAGGUUGCAAAAAGUGAUUAGAACAGACUCAUUGCCCAUGAGAAAAUGAUAGCCUGGACCCUCACAACUAAUCCACUGGCAUUGUUUUGUUCAAUCGAUCCAACUCUUUUUCAAGUGUAAAUGUGGCAAAGAUAGGAUUACUCUUUAGGUAAAUUCACUCAAAUGAAAGCUGCUGAACCUUCAUAUUGCAUAUCAAGUUUGUUCUUGUAUAACUUCCAUUUAUUAGUCCAUAUAUGCACAGCGUUCAUGAAGUGAUGUUGUCUAGAGUAUAAUCAAAUGGCUCUACUGUAUUGACUUGA